AACAGUGCUCUGGUCUAAGAGCUCACCUGCUGCUGACGCCGAAGCAAUCAGACCGCUUCUCUCCCACCUCUUCUUCCGGGAGUCGGACUCCAACCACGGCACACGAAUAACACACAACAAGAAGGACGUGUCAGCGGGCCGGGGGGGCUGAAAGUGAAAGCUGCAGAAAUGUCUUUCAAAGUUCGCUUCACCUCUCCUGCCCAAGAAAGUGUCCACACCUGAAUGAAAGACACGUCUAAUGAAAUGCCCCAAAGGAGCAUGGAGAGUCCCAACCAUCAGCGACCUCAUGAGGGCUGGCAGCCGCCGUGGGUCACUCGCGUGGCCGGUAGUCCCACCUCCUCAGGGGCGGAGUCAGACAGCGAGUGCAGCAGCACAGAUAGCGAGAGGUCCUGCAUGAAGAAGACAGAGGUGGCCUCAAUGAGGCUCCUGUCCUCACCGUCCAAGCUCCAGAAGAGAAUCGCAGAGCUCGACCAGCAUAAGGAAGAACUGAAGAUUGAAUUGCAGCUGGAGAUCGCCCUGCUGCAAGGGGAGUUGCAGACGGAGAAGACACAGCUGCUCAAACACAAGCAGAAGCUACAAGAACUGCAACAGCAAGCCCAGUUGAGACUCGUAGAUGGGCAGAGACAGGAGAGGGACCGUCUGGAGGAGGAGAGAGUACGGGUGGAGGAGCUGAGGAGGAAGUGCGAGGAAUGGGAGAAGCUGAUCCCAAGUCAGCCAGAGAACCAGAAGGAGCGUCUGAGGCUCCAGAUGCAGCGUGACAAAGAGGCCAUGGAGGUGGCCAUUCGAGCCUUUGAGGACUGGGAAUUUCAGGUUCUGGAGCAAGAGAGUGGCAUGGACGACGGGGGCGAGGAUGAAGAGAGAAGAACGUUCUUGACAAAGGAGAUCUCCUGCCAGCAUCAUGCUGUCAAAGCAGCGCAGGAGCGAGUCCAGCUGUUGGAGAAGCAGCUGAAGGACAUGGAAGGUGAGAAAGAGCGAGAGCUGGACGCCCUGAUGAAGGAGAAGCGAGACCUUGUGCAUUCUUCCCACACGGUUAUUCCAGAGAACAAGGUAUUUGCCAACUGGUCAGACGUUACGAGCUCCGCCCCCGGUAUGAUGUCCCUUUCAUCAUUUGCCAUUGACAAGCCUCCUCAGGACCCAUGCAAGGACUCUGGCAGUCUGCCGGGGAGGCGCAGCUCUCAUCGCAGCAGCAAACUGAAGGAUAGGCCGCUCUCAGCUCAGGGCUUGGUGAGGACGCUCCCAGGAAGUGGCAAUCCUGCCUCGGAGGCUUUCACCUCCCCUCAGAGACACAACAACGGGCACGUCGGCGGCCGCAGACCUGACGCCGCCAACGGCUGUGAGCGCCUCACGCCGAGCAACAGCAUGCCCUGCUCUCGCGCUGCCAGUCCGUGUCUGAUGGAUCUGGUGGAGAUUGAGAGGAAGCUGCGGGAAGCCAAAGCAGAGCGAGAGAGGCUGCUCAGAGAACGGGAAGAGCGAAAGCGACUGUUGCUGGAGGAAAGAGGACGGCAGGAACUGGACUCCCCCAAACCAGAGCCAGCAGAACCACAAGAGAACCAGCUCAGCACCCCACUCAACUCCCCCGAGCACAGCUUCCCGCUCUUCUUCUCGCCACACUUUGACCUCCGCACCCAUGUAGAGUCCCUGGGCCACAGCGUCUCCGGCUGCACCGACCUGCGUCUUACACCUCGGCGCUGCGCAGGCUUCCUAACCAAGCGUGGAGGCAGAGUGAAGACCUGGAAGAAGAGGUGGUUCCUGUUUGACGUGGACCACAGGCGGCUGGCCUACUACACAGACUGUGAUGAGAGGAAGCUGAAGGGCGUCAUCUACUUCCAAGCCAUAGAAGAAGUUUACUAUGACCAUCUCCGCACAGCCACUUCGUCGCCUCGACCCACUCUGACGUUUUGCGUCAAGACAUACGACCGCCUCUUCUUCCUGGUGGCGUCCAAUCCCAUUUCUAUGAGGAUCUGGAUGGACGUCAUCGUCACGGCAACAGAUGAGCACAGUCGUUAUUGACCAGGUGUGCCCAAGUGAAGAGGGUCACACUGUUACCCGGUGUGCUCACUCACCCUGGUGGCCCCAGGCAGGCAUUGCAAGUACAGCAACACUAGAGGACCAGUUACCCCUGUGCUCACCCCUGGUGGCCCCAGUCAGGCAUUAAGUACGGCAGCACUACAGGACCAGUCAUAUCAUGCAGAUGGCAAUAAUGGCAUGUUUUCUUUGUUUGGUCCUAGAUUAUGUAAAUAGUACAGUGUACUACAUAAAAUUUUUACAAGAUUAUUUUUACCUAGAAGUGUGCAAAUGGGGCUAUGGAGUCAUACACUGUAAUGGACACACUAUUAAACUUAUGUACAAAAAAUACAAGAAAAAUGACUUCCACUUUUGUGAUUGAUAAGAAAGGUAAAAAGAAAACAUGUAUUUUAACAUGCAUUAUUUGAACAUCCACUAUAUAUUAAGAAAAUACUAAUAAUAUAUGUACAUUAAAAAAUGCAUGUCGUCAAGUGAGAAACAAAUGCCUCUUUUUUAUUUUAUCUUUUCUAUCAAAAUAAAUUAAAGCCGAUAGGGGCACAUUUCUGCUUCUCUGAAAGAAAUGAAAACAUUCCCUUCCUAGUUGUUUCUUUAUGGGGAAACCCAUCCGAUAUAAAUAUUGUGCUGUUAUUUCUGUCAUUGCAACGUCCGCUUCAGUUAAUUUCAGGAUGUGUCUUUCAAAAAGGAUGUUGAAACAUUAGUCCAUGAAUGCACAAUUUCCUCUUUCCUCUGGCUACUCAAAACCAAAAAACCUUCCCUUUUAAAUUUGAUGAGAAAACCUUUAUAAUACAAUAUUUGAUUUUAUGGUAUCACAGUUGAAGAACCUUUUGAUCAGAUGUGUGCUUUAACGUAGGGGUGUCUUUAGAAUAUUCCACCAUUAAAUUUGGAGGAGAACAUGGGGAGAACAUGCAAACUCCACACAGAGAUGCCCAAGCGGAGAUUCCAACCCAGGUCUUUCCAUCUCCUGACUGUGUGGCCUACAUGCUAACCACAUCCUCCACCGUGCUCAGCAGUAAUUUUUACAAGAAUAAAGUCCAAAUAUUGUAAUUUUUAAUGAGCAUCACCUCAUAUGAGCAAAAAUAACAUUUUACAAGCAUAGAGUUGGAAUUUUUUUAAAGUUGUCAUGUAAACAUAAAAAAAAUAGCCCGUGGAAGAAGUUUUAGGCUGCAACGAAUUAUUUUAAUAACUGAUUACUCGAUCGAUUUUUUUUCCAUUUAUUGACGAACACACGUUUAAUUUCCACCUACAUCUGUUUUCAGAAAUAGAUUUGAACUGACAGAACAAACUGCACAAACAUCAAGUGGCGUUUGAAAAAUCUGUUGAAAUAAAGUGAAAUAAUCAAACAUGUCAAUGUCAUCGAGUCAGUAACACAGUAAAUGUACACAAAAAGACAUUCAUGAUCAUUUCCGUCAAUCUGUUGCUCGUUGUUUCAAUGAAUGGAGGCCAGAGAUGGACUAAUAUUAACAUAUAUAAAAAAAAAACCUCAAUUACCACAAUUGUUUUUAAUUGGGUAAUCGAUUAACUAUGGAUUAGUUGAUUCAUUUUUACAGCUCUAAAAAGGUAAAAGGAAAAUAAAGUGAAAAGUUUUAUAAACAGUCAUCAAGUGCCAUUUUAGUAGCAAAGAGUUGAACUCAAUUUAAAUAAAAAUGUAUUUUUAAAGUUGUGAUAUUAUGGAAAUGAAACCAAACAAAAUAAAGUUGUCAUUUUUGGGAAAAUUUGGUUACAGAAAAAGUUAUAAGAAUAAAGUAAUAAUAUGAGAAGGAAAAUUUAUGAAGAUUGUUUAGGAAAUUUGAAAUCUUUGGAACGGGGAAAAAGAAGAGCAAAGAGU